UUUCGAUUUUCAACAUCAUAACUUAGGUCUGAUAAUGGAAUUAAUCCUCUUAAUUAAAUUAAGCCGCAUCUCAAAAAGCAGAAACUUUUUACAAAAAUGACUCCAAAAAAUUACCAAACCCCACAUGGCCUUCCUUACAAGACAUUCAAAGAACAUUAGCAGUAUCCCACUUCAAAUCAAGUUUUAUUCUUAUUCAUCUCUCUAAUUUGCUUCUAGAUCCAUCCUUGGAAUCUCCACAAAACAAAGCAAUGCCAGAAAUUGAUGACAACCGUAACCUACCAAACAACAACAACAAUAAACCCCCUCAAAUCUCCGAAAUGUUUCAGAAAUUCGCUCUCGCUUUUAAAACCAAAACCUUCGAAUUCUUCGCCGACGAAAACGACGAAUCAGACUGUUUCUCACUCCUCGACUCCGCCGAGGAAAUCAUCACCGAUCAAAAAGUCGUCGUCAUUAAACCCGACCCUAACCCAUCCACCGACUCACCACCACCACUAAUUCAACCCAAAACGACACCGUCGUUUACUCCAAAACAACUACUAACUGAAACGACGUCGCACGAUCUAUUCGCUUCGAUUUUCGCCGCUGUUUCAGCUUUCGAAGCUUCUUACUUCCAAUUACAAAGCGCACACGUUCCUUUCGUUGAAGAGAACGUGAAAAACGCUGAUAAAGUUCUCGUUUCUCAUCUUCAAAGACUCUCUGAAUUCAAGAAAUUCUAUUGCAAUCCCGAAUCGUUUUCGAAUUUUCCCUUUGGUUCUUCUUUGGAGGCUGAAGUGGAAGAGAAUCAGAGCAAGCUUCGAACACUCGGCACCGUAUCGAAUCGGUUGCAAUUGGAACUUGAGCAGAAGCAUGAUGUGGUUUUCUCCCUUAGAAAAAAGCUUAAUGAGAUUCAAAAGGGUAAUGUGAAUUUGUCUAAGAAGCUUUGUAACAGUAAUAAUAAUAAUAAUAAUACUAGUUUGAAUUUGAAUAUGAACCCUAGUUGUGAUGUUUUGUUAAGUGUUAGGGUUUUUGAUUCCUUGUUGCAUGAUGCGAGUAGAGCUGCUCAUAAGUUUACGAAGAUUUUGAUUGGUUUGAUGAGGAAAGCUGGGUGGGAUUUAGGUUUAGCUGCAAAUGCAGUUCAUCCUGGUGUUGUGUAUUCUAAAAAGGGGCAUAAUCAGUAUGCACUUUUGUCUUAUGUUUGUUUAGGGAUGUUUCAAGGUUUUGAUUCGCUUUGUUUCAAAUUGAGUUCCGAGAUAAAUGCAAAUGAAGAGUCGACGUCGAAUGGAGACUUGUGUGACUUAGGUUACAAAGAGAGAAAUGAUUUUUUGAAGCAAUUGCUUGAGCAUGUGUCUAGCAAUCCAAUGGAAUUGCUUGGCAUUCACCCAGGUUGCGAGUUUUCGAGGUUUUGCGAGAUGAAGUACGAGAAGCUUAUCCAUCCUUCGAUGGAGUCAUCGAUUUUCAUUGAUUUGGAUCAAAAUGAAGCAGUGUUGAAUUCGUGGAGGUUGUUGAGUAUGUUUUAUGAGGCGUUUGUUGGGAUGGCUAGUUCUAUAUGGACACUCCAUAAGUUGUCCCAUGCCUUUGAUCCUGCGGUUGAGAUCUUUCAAGUGGAAAGAGGUGUGGAGUUCUCUAUGGUAUACAUGGAUGAUGUGACUAAGAGGUUAACCUGGCCAAAUAAGGGAAGGGCAAAAGUUGGGUUCACUGUUUUUCCAGGUUUUAGAAUUGGAAAGAUAGUUAUUCAGUCACAGGUUUAUGUAAGCAGUUUUUCAUCGACAGAGUAGUUUGCUCCAGUGUUGUCAAAUAGCGAUUAUAAAUAGUAGAAUUGAGCAAGUCGUUAUCGUUCCACAAUAUGUUAUUCAGUACAAAGUAUUGUCAAAUAGUAGCUCUAGCAACACUAUAACAUAUUAUAGUGGAAUUUGAACAAAAUGCCAUUUUCUAUGAUUGACAACAUGGGUUUGCUUGGGUUUUCUCCUGUACAAUAGAAAUUCACAGACACUUCUGUAUUUAGAUGAGACUGCUAUGUUGGACAAACUCAAUGGUAUUGUUGGUUCGGGUUUUAGUUUUUCCAGAAAUUUGUCAAGAUGCCUAAUUGUUCUGAACUACUGAUUGAGGAAGACAAUACCAUUACUGCAUGAUAUACCUGAAGUUGUUUGCUUCUACGAAUGUUGCUGAAGUGAGAGCAAUAGUUAUGGAGUCAAGUUAUUUUGCAUUCUGUACCAAUACCAGGUGAGGAUCUUUAGUGUUUCUGCUGGAAUUUUUAUCUCUUAUGUAAGUUAUGUUUGUUAUUUCCUCUCCCAGUUUUGUUUUUAUAAUUUUUAUAGGCCACUUGUAUAGAGUUAACUGUACAGACUACAGAACAUUCCUUCUAUGGUGGGUACUCUGACAAAAAAUACAUCAGUAAAUUGUGUAUGCAACACUGAUAUAUAAAAAUAACAAUAUGGUUUCUUUAGCAGCAUAGCAACUCUUGAUCUCAUUAGUAUUUGUCCAUAUUAUCAUGCAAGUAAUAUGUAUAGAACUUAAUAUAAUUGUACUAUACGCAUUUGAAAUGAGUAUAUACUUGUACAGAGUGGACUAAUGUCA